GAGAGGGGGGGAGAGCCACCUACCCAACCGCAGAGGGAAGCGCUGAGAGGAGAGAGCAUUAGGGAAGGGUCAGAGCGAUAGUCCCAGACACCACAGAGGGGCGAGCGAUAAGGAGGCAAAUCCACAGCGAUGUCUGAGUGCAAGAAAAAGGAGCUGAACCUGAGGGACAAGGCGAUCCUGCACCAGCAGAGGCGGCUGAAGCAAGCGGUCCAGUUCACUCACAAGGACUCGGCAGAUCUGCUUCCUUUGGACGGUCUGAACAGGAUGGGGACAGCGAAAUCUCUGCAACCUCACAGCAUUGUUCAGAGGAGAUUACUGGAGAGCAACAUCACAAGGCUGCACGUUGAUGCCAAAGACAUGGCUUCUAGAGUUUGCUCACCUCUGGCCGAGCAGACUGAGAGGCUAAAUGUGAAAGAAGAUGCGGCCUGUUUGAAUCAAUGGGACUCCCUGAAAGUUUCUUGCACGUGCUAUGACCGAGAAGUCAAAGCCACCAUCAACACUGGCUGCAAAGACAGCACCAUAUCCAGGGGCUGCUUAAACACAUUAGGUUUAAAGGAAUUUCUAGAGAGGGAGGAUGCAGCACAUGGCAGAUCAAUGCACAGUUUGACAACACCAGCACAGGUGGAGACAUUACAGCUCAUGUUGGGGAAGGAAAAAGUAGAGUGUUCUGCUCUGAUAGUAGAUGAUGAAAAGUCUGAGCUGUGCCUUGGUCUUCGCACAUUGCUGUCUCUCAGAUGUGUGAUCGACUUGGAAAAGGGAGCACUUCUACUUGGAAACUCAGAAACAGAGCUGCCAUUCCUUACCGAGCCCAUGGAGGAAGAGGAAAAGAAGGAAGAAGAGGAAGAAGAUGAGAAGGAGUGAAGAAGGUUCUUCAAACCUGGCCUUUUGAAGGAAUAAACUGAAAUUGACACAUGGACGCCAUGUGAUGCUUACUCUCAUUCUCUGACCUAUUUGUGACUGAUGUGGUCUUUGCUUCCCAUAUUGCUAUCUGGCUGAGAGGAGGAACCACAAUCUUGUCAACAGCUUUCCCUUUCCUGCCAGCAAGGUCCCAAAUCACCAGAAUGCAUGUCCUCUCCAGAUUCCAUGCCGUGAUGCAAAACCUUUACACUGUUCUUAUAUGGUCUGCCCUAUUCCCUCUUGGGCAGGAGGAACAAAAUACAUUUACUAGUUAUAGCCUAUCCACAAUGGGCUCCUGAAACUAAAUUCAAUCACCUGAAAGACGACUUGCUCCUCUUCCAAUUAAUGUUGAUCAUCCAGCCGUUUGUUGCCUGCCUGAAGAUAUUCCUUGAAUUUGGAUUCAAUAUCCACUGCUUCCUCAAUGUUCCUGAGAUGUGUUGAUGUAAUUGGGGGGAGGGAGGGCUUGCGAAGGCAGUCCCAGCACGAGAAAUAGCCAAGCACAUGGGUGAAUAUUUUAAAGCCAUCGAAAUUUGCUUUUCCAUAUUGAGUGGCAUCAAUAAAGUAUUUACCUGAAAGAAAUUGGGAUGGUAAGUGAGGAAAAAGCUGAUUUCCACAAAUUAUCUAUUGAAAUGCAGAAAGUACUCAUUGGAGGACAGGAAACAUUUUGUGGAGACAGGAAUUGCUUUUAAGUGGACAUGCAGGAAGACCUCCCUGGUCUCAGCCGCAUUGUGGGUUCCCAUGUGAAUGGUCCAAUGGCUACUUCUCACUGUUGAGUAACCUUAACGUGUAUAUCAUCUAACUGAUGAGUACCAAACCCAGUGCCAUUAACCCACUCAUUGUCAAUCCCAGAGCUCACACUGAGAGUCAGAUAUGGGACUGGGUUCUGCUAUAAAAAUAACAAAAUGCACCCUACGUAAACAGAGCACCAAUGGACAGUCCCUUCCCAGUCAAGCCCUGGUAAAGUAUUCCAAUAAACACAACUCCACCAUCACCGCACUAAUCCAAAUGGACCAAACCCUUCUCAUUCACUUCAAUUGUACAGAAAUCCAUUGGACUAAAAUACUUCCCAUUCACUCUCAUUCUACACAGCUCUAACACAAGUUUUCUCACUUCCUCCAUUUCCAAUGAAUCAAAUUCCUUCCCAUUCCCUCCUAUUGUACAGAAUUCAAUAAAACCAAUAUUUCCUAUUCAAUGGCAUUGUACCAAAUUCCAAUGGACCAAAUCAGAUCUGAUCCCUGCCACAUCUGAGCAAUGCACAAGAAGAUUUCCUGACAUAGAAGUAUUGUACUGUGCCCGACAUGCAGCUUUGCUCCAUGCCUUACCCAUGCUGUAUCUGACAAGCAAGUGAUGGAUGGGAGUGCAGAGAGAGUUUUACCUGAACCUCAAUACACCUAUUGAGACGUGAUUGAACUCUUUGGAUAUGAAUAUUACAAUCCAGAGUAAUAGCCAACAAUCGUGUGGCAUUGGCCCAGAAAAACAGGACAAUAUAAUGAAAAACUGGAUAAAAAGUGGAUUAAUCCGGGAACCUUAUUCUUAACCAUAGCAAUGACAAGUCAAGAUAACAGGUGGAGGAAUUUGUUCUCAAAGAGCCAGCAGAUUGGAAAAGUUUGCAACAUUUUGUGUAGAGCUGGGACCAAAUUACAACAACAACAAAAUUAGAUUUGUAUAGUGCCUUUCACAUUGGGUUGACGUCUCAAGGCACUGGACCCAUUCUGAUGGUGUGAAAUCAGAGAUAUUGCCACUUGUUCUUUUGAGCACAACCUUUGCUGGGUGUCUUGGGUGUCUGUAGUUGUUCUGUGUAAGUUUAGUGUCACCCAGUUUGAGUGGUCCUUGCUGCUGUGCAGAAUACAGUAUAGAUUACAGUAUUACAACUUGAAAACAUCAUUAUCAAACAAUAAAUACCAAGUCACGCAGACACGUGAUAAAUCUGCCUCAGUCACUUUGCUCCCUGCUCAAUCCAUCACCUGGUAAAUUUGCUGCUGAAUUACUGUAUUCUCUGGUCAUUCUUUCUCCGUUCACUCCGCUGCUCUGUAAUUCUUGUGCUUGGUCACUCCAUUUCCUGGUCACUCACCCUCCAGUCACCCCGCCCUCAUGGUUACUCUGCUGCCACUUGGUCAAUUUGCUGUUUGGUUACCGUUAUUCAAAAUAAAGGUAUUUUUAAACCA